AUGUGGUGUAAUAUUUUGCUACUGUUUACCUUUGGUAAUAUUAUUAUUCAGACAAAUGCAGUUAAUAUGUGUACCAAUGCAUCAACAGUAUCACUAAGCGUAACAUUGAAUCUUAUAAAAGGAACUGUUGACAAUGGUUGUAACUGUAGUGUAAACUUUCAACAUACAGAUAAAAUAAAAGGAUCUUUUAAAUCAAGAAUUACAUUUGAAGUUAUAAAGUUUUCUGGUUGUAAAUAUAGUCUUGUUAUUCCAUAUAAUAAAACAGAAUCUAAAGCUAGUUGUUUUAACAACAGUACAAUUUUUCAUGAUAUAAAUAAAACAGAUGAAAUAAAAUUAUAUUUGGAGCCAAUGUCUACUUAUCGGAAUGAUACAGAAUUUGAAGUAAACAUAACGUCUAAUGUAACUGCUGUCGGAGGUCCAUUGAUCAGAUUAUCAUGUUUUCCGCCAAAUUCAACCAUGUCAACCUCUGAAUCACCAUCAACCACAGCAAACAAAACUUCAACACCAUUUUCGAUGGAAACAACCAAUAACACCACAAUCUCUGUCAUACCAACAAACCUAACAACAUCUUCACUAAACUCAAAACCAGAUCGAACAACAGAUAGGUCCUCAUCCGUAUCGACAAACGCACAAAGUACUAACGCCUCAAUAACGCCAGUAUCACCAGUUGAAUCAACGCCAAACACCAAAGACUCGAGGAAAAGCAAUGAUGAGAUGAAACGCGAAGACGAACACGAAGCUCUUGAUAUUGGUGUAAUAGGUGGUGUGGUCGGAGGUGUUCUAAUACUGGUCAUAUUGAUCAUUGUUAUAGUUGUCUGCAUUGUAAGACGCAAGAGGAAGCAAAAUGACGAUAAAAAAGAUUAUAAUAGACCCACGGCUAGAGGAGUAGAUAGUGAUUACGCAUAUAUAAACAACGGUAAUAACUCGUCCCAAGACGGUGUUAACAUUGAAAAUGAACAAAACCUUCGUGCAGAGCAAACUGCCAGUAGCCAAAUGACUGACCACGGUCCAAUUCAAAUGGAAAUUAUAGAUAAUGAACUAUAUGUGAGUUCUGAUGACUUUGCGGAUUUAAAAUCACGUGAUGAUAAUAUCACCAAUCAGAAUCCAGAAAUUUCAAAUAGUUUAGGUGAAAUGGUGAUAACAGAGAAUGACCUUUAUGUGAGUUCUGAUGACCUUGACCACAGUCCAAUUCAAAUGGAAAUUAUAGAUAAUGAACUUUACGUGAGUUCUGAUGACUUUGAGGAUUUAAAUUCACGUGAUGAUAAUAUCACCAAUCAGAAUCCAGAAAUUUUAAAUGGUCAUGUUGAAAUGGAGGUUACUGAGAAUAUGAGAUCUGUCGACAGCUUGAAUUCACCAUCAAAUAAUGACAAUGCUCCCAUAUAUGCAGUUAUUAAUAAAAAGCCAAAGCGGCCAAAAUCUGAUUCAAAGGGUACUUCUAACGAUAUUCCUAACAAUGAUCAAGAUACGUUGUUAUAA